AUGAGUUCGAAAUCGAAUAAUAAGAAAGCUGUCUUUGGUGGAUUAUAUGAUGUUCAAGGUGCAGAUAGUAUAGUCAGUUCAUCGAAUGACAAUGAUGUUGUUGGUGCUGCCAAUAACAAUAGAAAUGUUUCACCCAGUGGUAGUGGUGGUGUAGAUUCAAAGUCAACGGUAUCUACAUCACAACCGUCAGAGAAGAAAUCUAUAAUGCCAGAGGGUUUCAAACUACCUCCAAAACUAUACCAAGCUGCUGCCAAAAGAAAUCAACAACAACAACAAUCAUCUAAACAAACAUCAACUUCAACAUCAUCAUCAUCAUCAUCAUCUACAUCAAGCCAAACGAAAACAAUAACUAAAAAAGAUAUCAUCAAUAAUAAUAAUAAUAGCGAUAAAAUCAUUAAUAAGGACCACAAUAAUAGUAAUAACAACAACAAUAUCGAAAUUAGUAAUAAUAAUAAUAAUAAUAAUAAUAGUAAUAAUAAUUCACCUCAAUUUCAAAAUCAACAUCAACAUCAACACCAAAAUCAACAUUAUCAACAACAUCAACAUCAACACUCAUUUAUGGAAGAGGAAGAAGUUAUUGAUGAAUACAAUCCAUUUAAACCGAAUGACUAUGAAGAUUAUCUAAAGGAGAAAGAAUACAAUGAGAGAAUGAGAAUGAAGAGAAUUGAAGAGGAAAGAUUGUAUCAUCAACAACAAGAACAACUAUAUCAUCAACAACAGCAGCAACAGCAGCAACAACAACAUAAUUAUAAUAAUCAUAAUGAAAAUAGUAGUAGGUUUAUGGAUAUGAUGGAUGAAGAUAUUACAACUGGUGAUGAAGCAUAUUUAAGAAGAGCAAAACUUACAAAGAUGGCUGCAGCAGCUGCUGCAGCUACUACCGGAGGCAACUCGAUAAACACCAAUGGCAAAGAAAAGAUCAGUCAACAGGCCACUAAAAUACUUUUAUUAACUAAUAUUGUAUCUACAAGAGAGGAGAUCGAUGAUGAUCUAAUAGAGGAUAUAGAGAAGGAGUGUUCAAAGUAUGGGCAGGUCUUGAAUGUUGUGGUUGGCAAUGAACCGAUCGAAGAAACAGGCAUACUUGCGGCAGACGAUAUCAUUGGAAUAUACGUUCAGUUUGAAACCAUUGAUCAAUGCAAUCAUGCAUUCACACAACUCAACGAUAGAUACUUUGCAAAACGAAGAGUUAAAACUUAUUUUUACAAUGAACAUACAUUUAAACAAGGUAAUCUAUAA